AUGCAAGGAUAUGCGCAAAUUACCUUCUACCUUCUAUACCUAUAUACCUUCUACCUUCUACCCUCUUAUACGCGCGUUUGUCUCGUAAAAGCCGGGAGUCGUGUAUUGCACUUCUAUAACCUUGCCGCUGCCGCCGCCUCUUCGCUAUCUCUAAUCUCUAAUCUCGCCGCGCCGCUAUACUCGACUCGAUCUAGCCUAGUCGCGCUAUACCUCGAAGAGAUCCGCCGACUAGUAUACGAUGCGGCAGCCUGUUUAGAAGUAGUAGAAGUAUACCGCGAUAUCUGCUCGGAAGGUCUGCGUCUAAUAACCCUCUAA